AUGGUCCCCACAGCAGUCGCCAUCUCACCCAUGGACCCUUCCUCCCAGGAUGUGGAGGACACUGAGGCCUCCACGCCGCUGCACCCUCUCCAGGAUGGCUGUCAGGGCCGCGCCGCUCCAUCUGGCUGGCUGCCCUUCUUGAAGCCCAUCUUGGCCGUCGGUUUCGGCACACUGCUGUUUGUGUUGGGCACCACCCUGUCCCUGCUCUAUUUCACCCAGGUGGGGAACGUCCCCUACCUGCUGGGGCCGCUGUUCCUCGCCGCGGGUCUGAUGUUCCUGGUCACUGGCCUGGUCUGGAUUCCCGUGCUCAAAGAGAGCCUGGAGCACCACGCGCUCAUCAAGGUCAGCCAUGGCAAGGAGCUCCACGUGGAGCACAAACACCACUGA